GGGGGGUCGGGUGGAUCGGGCAGGGCCAAUCACGUGCGGCAUGAUUGAUUUUGCAUAUAUUGCGCAGCAGCUGAUGCACACAAGCUGCGCCCCAGCGCGCACUCAUCGCCUCAAGUCAACGGGUCCCCGACUCCGCCACUGUCGAUCCCUAUCCAACACAAUCAAUCGUCAAUCAAUGAUGAUCUCCAACCCAAAGACCUCCAGUCCAUCAGUCAUCCCUGGCCAGGAGCUAAUCACCUCGGAUGAGUCUCAACCAUCAGCAACCUAUCAAUGCGGCCCUGGCACAUUCGAAAGACAGGGGAAAGUUUACGCCUCCGUUGUGGGUCAACCCGUAAGGAAUGCAGGCACGAUUUCAGUUGAGUGUUCUUCACGAUGCGCGAAGGUACCCGUGGUGGGAACCAUCGUUAUUGGGAUGAUUACCAAGGUGACGAAACCGCAAGCACAUGUGUCAAUCAUAAUGGUUGAUGACCUUCCUUUGCCUGUCGGUCAAGAGCUUCAAGGCGCAAUUCGAUCUCAGGAUGUGAGACAAGUGGAUAAAGAUAAAGUAAUAAUUUGGGAUUGUUACAGACCUGGAGAUAUCGUUCGAGCUGAAGUGAUUUCACUGCCUACUAGUGCAAUGGGGUAUCUGUUGGCGACAUUUCGGAAUCAUCUUGGCGUCGUUUUCGCACAGCAUUCUCAAACCGGGAACCGUAUGACAGCAAUCAGUUGGAAGGAAAUGAAGGAUGCCGAAACAGGUCAAAAAGAAGCCCGAAAAGUAGCUGGACCUAACUGAGCAGAUCAGAGAAGAUGGUUUCAUGUCGCUGUUGUUCCGUGAUCAUAAUAGUACUACCCGAUACACCUUAUUAACUCAGCCUCCGUCAAAUCAGCAAUGCCUUUUUUGCUUCAUUUGCCGGCAAAGAGACAGCCAGUCCAAACUCAACACACACCCAACCAACUUGAGCCUGAAUCCUGUAUUAGUAUAUCUAGGCUUGGCUUUGUACAGUGCCCUCCCAGUUGUUUAUGGCACAUGUAUUUCUUAAUUUAAAAAAAAACUAUCAAUGAUAAAUCUCCAAUUUUUUGGGCA